CGCACUCCUCCUCUUCCCUCACAUCACACGGACACACAGUGCCUGCCUCGCCCGGUCCUGAGCAGCGGCAGCAGGAAGUGGCGGCGCCGGGUGGCCAGGGUCCAUUGGAACCUCCAAAAUGGAAGUGGAUAUUAAAGGAGAUAAGAGGACUAGCGUUUCUUCUAUACCACUUUCUAGCACAAUAGAACGGAAUUCUCCAUUAAAAGUAGAACCGGAAAAACCUCGUUGCUCUAGUACCCCAUGCUCCCCAAUUCGUAGGACCGUGUCAGGUUAUCAGAUACUACACAUGGAUUCCAAUUACUUAGUUGGCUUUACCACAGGAGAAGAGCUUCUGAAGCUGGCACACAAAUGUGCCGCAACAGAAGAGAAUACUACUGAGGCCACGCCAUCUUUUCGCUCCAAGCAGCACGAUUCUGGACUUUCCCGCUCAUCUCGAAUAUACAAGGCUAAAGGGCGUCACUAUCAGCCAUAUGAAAUUCCUGCCAUAAACGGAAGGAGACGAAGGCGAAUGCCAAGCUCAGGGGAUAAGUGCAAUAAUAAAGUUAUUCCAUACGAGUCUUACAAGGCGGUUCAUGGUCCUUUACCACUUUGUCUUCUUAAGGGUAAAAGGAUACAUUCAAAGUCUUUGGACUACCUCAACCUAGAUAAGAUGAACAUCAAGGAGUCCCCGGACACAGAAGUGUUGCAGUACCAACUCCAGCAUCUCACUCUGAGGGGCGAUCGUGUCUUUGCAAGAAAUAACACCUGAAGAAGAGGAAUUCUGAUUUAUUUAGCACCUUUUCUUGUAGCACAUUUGAAGACCACUUAAAGAAACAUCUGUGCUACACAGUGUAGUGGAUGUGUUGUAUAGGUAGCAUCUGCAGAUAGGUUGGCAAGUCCUACCAUAUGAUGUCAAGCAGAUUACUGAAGCCACUCGUUUUACCAAUUUGUUGAGGUGCAUCGGUUUUCAAGCCAUUUCUUUCUCCAAGGAGCAAGACUUUUGAGUGUGGCAUUGCAAUGGAUUAGGAUUAGGUAGCAGAAUAAUUUUUGAUUGAUAAAUGUAAUGAACUUUUCGAUGGUUUUCAGUGAAUCAAUUAACAGAAGGAUUUUUGCUGAUUUUACACUAAAAUAUGUUGUGAUAAAUUUAGAUUAAUCAAUGACUCAACUCUGAUACAUGUGUGUCAUUAAGUUAUGAUUUAGACGCUGAAUACACUCAAGUACUCGUUUUGUUAUUUACUUCCUGAAUGUCCUAAGAUUAAUAUAUACUGUAGUAGUUUUAAUAUAUGGGUGAUUGUACAGACAGCAGUCAUGCCAUUUCUUACCAUCCAGAAUGAAAUCUGCUGUCUUUGGUUUGCUUCCCAGUGGCUAGAUCCAUGUUUUUCUUGAAUUUUGAAUCUACUUUUAGGUUUACUUUGUAAGAUUUAGCAAUAUAUAUAUAUAUAUAUAUAUAUAUAUAUAUAUAUAUAUAUACUUUUUAUUUUAAUUGUAACUUGACAGUGCUUGGAAAUACUACUGAUAUGUGAAGUGUGCUGGCUGCUACGACAGUAAUAUCUGUACAGAUGGCUAGUGUUUAUAUCAGAUAAACAACGUGGUGUGUAAUGUCAUACGACGCACCAUAUUGUCUAUGCCUACUCAAUGUGUAUGAGAUUGUCACACUGCUGAACAGAACAUCUAGUCCUAUAUUGUAUCCUUUAUUGGAAAAAAUAAAUAAAAAAUCAUCUUGUGUU